AUGAAUGACUUCUUAGAGAGUGAGGAUAAGAAGGAUGCUGAGAUAGCGGCUCGCAAUAAGGCUAAAGGCCAGGCGGGAGAGGACGAGGAAGAGGGUGAUGAGGAGGAGAACGAGUGGGGUGAUGACGAUGAGUUCAUGGACUUGGAGAAGCCACUUGAAGACGAUGAUUCUGAGGAGGUCGAUAAGCUUAUGUAUAGUGAUUUCUUUGAUGCUCCGGAGGAGGGAGAUGAGGUGACCGUAGCGGCAACCGCUCCUUUGAAAUCAUCGCAUGAGGGGGAGGAAUCUAUGGGUGAUGAUGAUGAAGAGGAAGAGGAAGAGGAAGAGGGUUUGGGCGGCUUCCAGGAGGGAGAGAAUCUCGACGAUGAGGAGGAAGCUGCACUCGAGAAGCAGUUGAAGGAGAUGCAGGGGGAACUCACUGAAGGAGGAGAGGAGGAGGAAGAAGAGGAUGAAUCGGUGGUCGCGACUGAUGAUGAGGAGAAAAAGGCGUCUCCUGUUGCUGCUGCUGCUCCUCCUGUCGUGGAGUCGAGACGCUCUGAGACUUCUGCGUUGAAGAAGAGGAUAGAGGAGAUGGAGAAUGAGAUAGAGGAGAUGGAGCGGGAACAGUUGGAUGAGAAGCAUUGGACGAUGACAGGCGAGGCCACCGGCAGCAGCCGACCUUUGAACUCUCUUCUGGAGCAACAUAUCGAUCUGCCCUUCUCCAAGUUGGCGGCGAGGAGGGCUGAGAAACAGUGGGAGGAUGGAGAAGAGGAAGAGGAUGAGCUUACACAAGGCACUGCUGGGGCCUUCAAGAUUGAUGUGGAUGCCAUUAUCAAGCAGAGGGUUGCUGAUGAACUGUAUGAUGAUGUGAUCAAGCGUAGCGAGGAAGAGGUGCUGCGGCUAAAGGGUAGCCAAGAAGGUGAUGAUUCUGUGGAGACUCUAAACUUCCAAAAGUCAAGGUUGGGUCUUGCUGACGUUUAUGCUAAGCAGUAUGAGGCGGAGAUGCUAGGGCAGCAGACUGAUGCGGAACUACAGCAGGACGCAGACCGGGUUGAGCUCAGGAGGCUCUUCGGUAAGCUCAUGCACAAGCUGGACACUCUUACUAAUCAGAACUUCACUCCUAGACCGUGCUUGAUUCGGCCUUGUCGAAGCAGCUAA